UAUUUCAAUUUCAAACGGUUUUCGAUCGUGUAGUGUUUCAUGGCGUUUGUAAAAUAAAUAAAUUUGCGGAGUUUCUUGUGUAAUAAUGUCAAUUUUCAAUGAAUUGUUGCCUAAACUCAGUGAAAUAUCGAACACUAUUACUAAAAACUUCAACGAUGACUUAAAGGCAGCGUUUGAGUGUUUUGACAAAUUGGAAGAGGAGUAUCAGAAUGGCAGGGCCAGAGCGCGGGAGAAAGCCCCAAAGGAUAAAAACCCUAUGACGACCCUCCAAAGCAUCAACGAGGACGAUGAUGAACCCAAUAAACUAUCAGAUGCAGAACCAAAGCGUAAAUCCAGCAAGUCUACCAACAAUACAGACAACCGAAGCUCUGUUGAGAGCAAUAGUGAGAAGCCACGAAGAGGCUCUAAGAAACGCAGUAAAAAUGAAGUCGACGGGCUAUCGAGCCCCGAACAAGAUAAACGACUCAAGAGGAAUGCGUCAAUCAAAGCCCAGAGCAUUAUUAGUAAACAGGUGAAUGUAAAUUUGACCCAAAAAAUGAGGCGUGAAGAGUCAUCCGAGAAGAUAAAACGGAAUAACAAAAAGAAAGAUGAUGAUAAGGAGAAUACGGAACCAGCACAGAUCAUACAAA